GCGGGGCCGGUCCGGGGCGGAGCAAGGAGCGGGGGUGUCCGUGGGCGCGCAGAGCCGCGGAGGGUCCGCGCUGUGCCAUGCGUGACUACGACGCGGCCACCGCCUUCCUGGGCGAAUGGGGCCGCUUCCAGCGCCUCGUCUUCUUCCUGCUCAGCGCCAGCACCAUUCCCAAUGGCUUCAAUGGGAUGUCGGUCGUGUUCCUGGCCGGCACCCCCGAGCACCGCUGCGUCGUGCCCAGCGGGGCCAACCUGAGCGCGGAGUGGCUGAACGCCAGCAUCCCGCUGGAGCUGCGGGGCGGGCGGGCCGUGCCGAGCCGCUGCCGCCGCUACCGCCUGGCCGCGCUCACCAACUUGUCUGCGCUGGGGCUGCGGCCCGGCUCCGACGUGGAGCUGGGGUCGCUGGAGCAGGAGCCGUGCCGGGACGGCUGGGAGUACAGCCGAGACGUCUACCGCUCCACCAUCGUCACCGAGUGGAACCUGGUGUGUGAGGAUGACUGGAAAGCCCCGCUGACCACGUCCCUCUUCUUCGUGGGAGUCCUCAUCGGCUCCUUCAUCUCAGGGCAGCUCUCAGACAGGUUUGGCAGGAAGAACAUCCUCUUUUUGACCAUGGCCGUGCAGACUGCCUUCAGCUUCCUGCAGAUGUUCUCCAUCAGCUGGGAGAUGUUCACAGUGCUCUUUCUCAUAGUGGGAAUGGGGCAGAUCUCAAACUACGUGGUGGCCUUCAUACUGGGAACAGAAAUCCUGGGCAAAUCAGUUCGUAUUAUAUUCUCUACAUUAGGAAUUUGCAUAUUUUUUGCAAUUGGCUACAUGUUGCUGCCACUGUUUGCUUACUUCAUCAGAGACUGGCGGAUGCUGCUGCUGGCACUCACGAUCCCGGGGCUGUUCUGCAUCCCGCUCUGGUGGAUCAUUCCUGAAUCCCCUCGGUGGCUCAUCUCCCAGGGAAGGUACAAGGAGGCAGAAGUUAUUAUCCGAAAGGCUGCGAAGAUAAAUGGUGUGCCAGCCCCAGAGGUGCUUUUUGACACCGCAGAGAUGCAGGAUUGGAAGCCUCAGCAGCAGCAGAAGGCUAUCCUUCUGGACCUAUUUCGAACCCGAAACAUUGCAACUAUUACUAUUAUGUCAUUACUUUUGUGGUUCUUCACGUCAGUUGGUUACUUUGGCCUGUCCCUCAGCACUCCAAACUGGCAUGGAAAUGCCUACAUCAACUGUUUCCUCUCGGCUGUGAUCGAAGUUCCAGCUUAUGUGAUUGCCUGGCUCCUCCUCCGCUGCCUCCCCCGGCGCUACUCCUUAGCUGGCAUCUUCUUUUUAGGGGGAGGCGUUGUCCUCUUCAUUCAGCUGGUUCCUGCAGAUUUUAAUGUCCUGUCUGUGGGCCUCGUGAUGCUUGGGAAAUUUGGCAUCACAGCUGCGUUUUCAAUGCUUUAUGUCUACAACGUGGAGCUGUACCCAACGCUAGUGCGAAACAUGGCAGUCGGAGCUACUUCCACCGCUUCCAGGCUGGGCAGCAUCAUUGCUCCUUACUUUGUUUACCUGGAUGCCUACGACAAACACCUCCCAUAUAUCCUGAUGGGAAGCCUGACUGUGCUGAUUGGAAUUCUUACCCUGUUUCUCCCGGAGAGCUAUGGCAAUUCCCUGCCUGAGAGCUUUGAGCAGAUGCUGAAGGUGAAGUGUUUCAGAAAUGGGCAACAAACCAAUGGCAUUAGGAAUGGAAAGGAGAGUCCUAAGGUUCUGGUAACGCCCUUGUGAAGGACACACGCUCAGAGGGGCUGAAAGAAGAACAACAUCUCGGAAUGCAUCUUCUGCCAGAGGAAAACCCAACAGUCAAUGCUACUGCACCAUAGUUGUUAUCCCUUGUGCUACUCUGCCCAAAUACAUAGUUUACUAACAGA